CAUUUUAUAUCAAGCUCCGCGCUCAUCCAAUUGGAACUCACGUUACUUAGGCGUCCCCACGUGCCAUCAAUAUGAAGGGAUGGAUGAACUGGCAAAAUGCGGCUAAUACCCAAUGACGUUUCAGAAAAUCAACUGGCCCAAUCAGCAUGUCGUACAAGUCAUAUUUUCUCCUGAAUACGGUAGCGAAUCACAGCUGAGAAUCUAUACCAACUGUCCAAUGGUAUUGGCUACUCGGGCCCUGACGACCAAGCUGAACCAAUCAGCUUUACGAUCAACCGUCCAUUCCCGUUGAGCGGACCGGCCCCUUUAGCGGAAGCCAUCCAAUCGAGGAUAAUCAGAGGUGAUCCGCUCCCACCAAUGGGGUUACGGGCGCUGCCGGGGUUGGCCAAUUAGACCGCAGUACGCCCCCGGUGACCGGUGAUGGCGGCGUCUGCGGGAGUUGGAGGGAAGGUUCUGGAAUACGAGGCUUUCGUCAACGACGUCCUCAAGCGGGAUCUCAAGAAGGUUCUGGAUCAGCGUGAUGAGGUGUACGAGAAGAUUGCCCAGUACCUUCAGCUGAAGAAUGUCAUAGAGAGACUGCAGGAGUCAGAUGAGCAGCAGCUGAAGAUGGAGGUGGACCUGGGCUGUAACUUCUAUGUACAGGCGAAGGUUCCUGAUGCCUCGAAGAUCUUCCUUCUGGUGGGUUACGGGUUCUAUGUGGAGUUCACGUUGCCUGAAGCACUGCGCUUCAUCGAGAGGAAAUCACAGCAGUUGUCUGAGGUGGCGGAAAAGCUGAGUAAGGACUCGGCCAAGAUCAAGGGCAACAUACGCAUGGUGCUGCAGGCUCUUUGUGAACUCCAGGGAAUCAAAGACCUGCCUGUGGAAGGCAGGAGUGAAAUUUUGUGAUGAGAUGAGCUGAGGGAUGGUGAUCACAACUGGGCUGUCACAUGUCCCAGUGCCAGGCAGUGCAAAGCUUACACAGAGGAAGAUGUGCAUAUCAUUCGGAACAUGUCUGGUUACAUAACUGUCGUUACCACAAAGUGAUCUUCCCUUCAUCCUGAGCAUGGUCUGCUCCUCACCAAGUUAUGGACCUCAUCCAAUUCAACCAGCAGGAACGCAGGAUAAAAGCUCAUGCUUAUUUUCCUAAAUUGGCAGAUUUUUGGUGAUCAGUAUCGCACUUAGUUUGUGGAGAGAUUUUGAAGAGCAAACUACAAACUAACCUUUCCUCUCAUGAACAUGUUAACAGUUUUUUUUAAUAACCCAUGCCCCGGCAUUGUUCGAUAGGAGCUUUUCUCUGUGACCCCGGGAGUGUGUGAAGGGACAAUGUAGAGGGAGUUUCACUCUGUGUCUGACCCCGGGAGUCUGUGAUGAGACAGUGUGGAGGGAGCUUCACUCUGUGUCUGACCCCGGGAGUGUGUGAUGAGACGGUGUGGAAGGAGCUUCACUCUCUGUCUGACCCCGGGAGUGUGUGAUGGGACGGUGUGGAAGGAGCUUCACUCUCUGUCUGACCCCGGGAGUGUGUGAUGGGACGGUGUGGAGGGAGAUUCACUCUGUGUCUGACCCCGGGAGUGUGUGAUGGGACGGUGUGGAGGGAGCUUCAUUCUCUGUCUGACCCCGGGAGUGUGUGAUGGGACCGUGUGGAGGGAGCUUCACUCUGUGUCUGACCCCGGGAGUGUGUGAGGGGACGGUGUGGAGGGAGCUUCACUCUGUGUCUGACCCCGGGAGUGUGUGAUGAGACGGUGUGGAGGGAGCUUCACUCUGUGUCUGACCCCGGGAGUGUGUGAUGGGAGACUAACUGAUUUGUUUUUAUUUCUGUGUCUGUAGUAAGGAAAUGUAAAAUUAUAAUGACAUUUAUUUUUUGGCUUCUUUCACCUCUCCCCUCCCCCCCUUUUGUUUGUGUUCUCUCAGUUAGAAAUAGUUUUAUUAAAGUACUGGGAGUCGUUGGGCACCACAUCCUCAGAGCAGCACUCAGGCAUAGUCAUACUUUCAGAGGAGGGGCAGGCGGUCGGCUUGGCCAGGACCCUUGAUAGACUGUGAAUGGCCACCUUCUCCAGGCCAGGAGCAUUUGACCCCCAAGUCCCUGAUGUAAAGGGGGAAGACUGCCAUAUAGAGGAGUCUCCUCUGAGGAUCCCUUUGCUGCCAGGCACCACACUGUCCAGAUGGCAUUCAAGGGUGAGGGAAUGGAGAGUGUUGGGACGCAGACCAUACAGGUGUCAGCUCUGUAUGACGUGGAACAGCAAUGGAGGCAUUUCCAGAGGAAAAUUUAAAGUGUGGGAACACCUUCCCAGAAGAGUUAGGGGACUUGGGCCAUUGAAUAUUUCUGGCUGGUUCAGCCCUCUGGAAGUCAUGUUCACCAUGAACCCCGUGACACAUCAGGGCAUUCAUCUUGCCCUCUACUGUCUGCAGCCAGAUCUCACCAACUGCAGUAAUGGCACGGACAAUGUUGGAUGUGUGUCGGUGGAGGGGUAGGUAUCGCCCUGCGUCUCUGACCAACCUUCCUCUGCUCUGAGCAGGGAAUACUUACUCGAUCUGAAAACUGCCAUGUAAAAAUUUUCUGCGCUACCUUAAAUGUUUUUGUAAAACAUCAAACAGAAAUCACAAGACAAGUAAACAAUGUCAGGCGGUCAAGCACAAUGGCAAAAGUAAAAUGUAAUGUUUUGUCUAGCAGGCUGGCAGUUUAUUAGCAAUGAGCUACCAACGUCCAUUCUGUGUUUAUUGUUAAAAUUGUAACAGCACUGACAAUGUAAAAAUGUUGAUUCAGUAAAAUCUUUCAAAUAA